AUGUUCUACAAUCAAACAAUUUACUCGGUUGGUUCUUUUCCUAUAUCAGUGGUAGUAGCAGAUGUGAACAAUGACAAUAAAUUCGACAUUGUCGUUGCGAAUCGUGAAUCGAAUAAUAUUGGCGUUCUUCUAAAUUCUGGUAACGGGAUCUUUUCAUCUCAGAUUACCUACCAGGUUGGCCAAAGUCCAUAUUUCGUAGCAGUAGCUGAUAUGAAUCGUGACAAUAAAGUCGAUAUUGCUGUUGCAAAUUACGGUGCGACCACUAUUAGCGUUCUUCUCAACAGAGGUAAUGGAACGUUUCUCUCUCAAGUUACUUACACAGCUAGCCGCUAUACCUACGCAGUAGCAGUAGCUGAUGUGAAUAAUGAUAACGCGUCGGAUAUUGUUGUUGCAAACGCUGGAGCGCGUAACGUCGGUGUUCUAGUCAACAAAGGCAACGGAACUUUUUUUAAUCAAAUUACUUAUACAGUUGGUAACACUCCGGUGUCAGUACAAAUGGGUGAUGUAAAUAAUGAUAAUACAGCCGAUAUUAUUGUCGCAAACUAUGCGUCAAAUACCGCCAGUGUUCUGCUGAACAAUGAUAAUGGAAUAUUUCUUCCUCACAGUACUUAUUCAGUCGGUACCAAGCCACAAUCGUUAGCAAUAGGUGACGUCAAUAAUGAUAAUAACAUCGAUAUUGUCGUCGCAAAUUCCGGUUCGGAUUCCGUUAGCGUUCUUCUCAACAGGGGCAAUGGAACGUUUCUGUCUCAAAUUACUUAUCCAACUAGUUCUACUCCAUAUUCAGUAGUAAUCAGCGACAUGAAUGGUGAUAAUAACCAAGAUAUUAUUGUCGCAAAUUCUGGUUCGAAUACCAUCGGUGUGCUUCUCGGUACAGGCAAUGGAAUAUUUCUUUCUCAGUUAACUUACUCGGUUGGUACUGGUCCACUAUCAGUAGCAGUAGGUGACGUAAACAAUGACAAUAAAAUUGAUAUUGUUGCAGCAAACUAUCAUGGGAAUACCAUCAGUAUUCUCUUACAUUGUUGA